UCAUGACCCACCCGCGCGCAUGGGAGCAGCGGGGGGAGGGCUCCGGGAGGCGCGGGGCGGUCUCGGGGCUGCGCGCUCGCCCCAGGAGUAGGAGCAGCAGCAGGAGGAGGAGGAGCUGGCGCAGCGGCCACCAGCGCCCAGAACACCUUCUCGGCGCCUGGACUCAGAAGCGAAUAAUCCUGGGUGGCCCGCGGAGGAGCCGUGACCGAGCGGGAGGAGCCGACCCGACUGCGGGAGUGACGGAUCGCUCGCGAUGUCCGCCUCGGGCUGCGCCCUGCGCUGCGCACUUGCGGCCCGGCGCCGGCGCUGAGCUCUGCGAUGCGAGCCGCUGCCUGUCCAGCCCGUGCUCUGGCGAGGAAACUCACUUCAAAAGCAGCUGCACCGAGGGGGAGAUUAAAGCCUUUGCCGCCUUCCAAUCAAAUGGGAGCCCGAGAAUCGAUGGGAUUUCUCUGGCUGAGGUUUGCGUGGCCUGUAUCAGAAGUCCAGCUCGCAGGCAUCCUGCAGGAAAACGCUCUCGGUUCGCAUAUACGAAGAUGCAUCAGCCCACCCCAUCACGGGACGACGUGGCUCCUCAUGCUUGGGCUGCUGCAGGUCUGGCCCCCAAGCAUGGACUAUCGGCAUCCGCAGGCCUAGAGGUCUCUCGCUGUCCUAUAGUGCCAGGCCACCCCCACCCCCACCCCGCGGAUGCUUGGGGAACCCGCGGGACCGAGUCCGCCCGCAGCGAAAACUGAAAGCAAAUUUUGCAGUAGAUGAAGACAGAACUUUCUUCCAUGCAAGUUUGCAGUGCAGAGUCGGUGACGGCUUCGGGAGCACCCGGUGCUACUCUGCGAGCGCGGUGGGGUAGUGGAUGGAAAGGGCACCGGGAGCCAGAGCCUGGCCAAGCAAAACGCUAGGGAGGGGCCUGGAGGGGGGGCUUCACUUCCUGAUU